ACCAAUUACACGACGAAUCAACUCGAACGUCGAAGUAGCCGACAUCUCGGCAGCGCCUUUUCACGUUAUCCAACAUUUUAUAGAAGUUCAAAGUUUUCCUCAGAAAAAUAGAAAAUGUCCCUUCUAGGCGCCCGUGUAGCAACCUCGGUGGCUAGGCGCUUACCUAACAAUGUAACACAGCUUAGCGGAGCUGCUUUUCCAGCAGUUUCCGUAGCCAGCCGUCAAAUCCAUGUUGGACCUACAAAUAGAACUGCCGUUGUAUCUUCCAUAUUGGAAGAACGUUUAUUGGGUGCUGCACCUAAAACAGACUUGGAAGAAACCGGCAAAGUAUUGAGCAUUGGUGACGGUAUUGCUCGUGUACAUGGUUUGAAGAAUAUCCAAGCCGAUGAGAUGGUGGAAUUCUCCUCUGGUCUUAAGGGUAUGGCCCUUAACUUGGAAGCUGACAACGUUGGUGUUGUAGUCUUCGGUAAUGACAGAUAUAUCAAAGAAGGUGACAUUGUGAAACGUACCGGAGCCAUUGUGGAUGUUCCUGUAGGAGAUGAACUUUUGGGACGUGUAGUAGAUGCUUUGGGUAACCCCAUUGAUGGUAAAGGACCAAUCAACACCAAGCAACGUUUCCGUGUUGGUAUCAAGGCUCCUGGUAUUAUUCCCCGUAUUUCUGUCAGGGAACCCAUGCAGACUGGUAUCAAGGCCGUAGAUUCUCUUGUGCCCAUUGGUCGUGGACAGCGUGAAUUGAUCAUUGGAGAUCGUCAAACUGGUAAAACCGCUCUGGCCAUCGAUACCAUCAUCAAUCAGAAGAGAUUCAACAGUGCAACAGACGAAAAGAAAAAGUUGUACUGUAUUUAUGUUGCCAUUGGUCAGAAAAGAUCAACUGUUGCUCAGAUCUUGAAGAGAUUGACAGACAGUGGAGCUAUUGGAUACACCAUCAUUGUAUCAGCUACAGCUUCUGAUGCUGCUCCUCUGCAAUACCUGGCCCCCUACUCCGGUUGCGCCAUGGGUGAAUUCUUCCGUGACAACGGAAAACACGCCCUGAUCAUCUAUGAUGACUUGUCCAAACAGGCUGUGGCUUAUCGUCAGAUGUCACUGCUGCUUCGUCGUCCCCCAGGUCGUGAGGCUUACCCCGGUGACGUGUUCUACCUUCACUCCCGUCUGUUGGAGCGUGCCGCUAAAAUGUCCGACGCUCAUGGAGGUGGAUCUUUGACUGCCUUGCCCAUUAUCGAAACCCAGGCUGGUGACGUAUCAGCUUACAUUCCAACCAACGUGAUCUCUAUCACAGACGGACAGAUUUUCUUGGAAACUGAAUUGUUCUACAAGGGUAUCCGUCCCGCCAUCAACGUAGGUCUCUCUGUGUCCCGUGUAGGUUCCGCUGCCCAGACCAAAGCCAUGAAGCAAGUGGCUGGUUCCAUGAAACUUGAGUUGGCCCAAUACCGUGAAGUAGCUGCUUUCGCCCAGUUUGGUUCCGACUUGGAUGCUGCUACGCAACAGCUGUUGAACAGGGGUGUACGUCUUACUGAAUUGUUGAAACAGGGUCAAUAUGUGCCGAUGGCCAUCGAAGAACAGGUAGCCAUCAUCUACUGUGGUGUACGAGGUCAUCUUGACAAGGUCGACCCAUCGAAGAUUACACAGUUUGAGAAGGAAUUCUCGCAACACAUUAAGACUAACCACAAGGACGUUUUGGAGAGCAUUGCGAAGGAAGGCAAAAUCGCAGAUGCCACAGAUGCAAAACUGAAGCAGAUUGUUUCUGAAUUCGUUUCCAACUUCAGCUCUUAAGCAUUUAAGAUUUAAGUUCAUAAUUAUAUAGAUAAUUAAUAUCAAUAUCCGUAAAUAGACUCGUGAACAGUUCCACCAUCGUCAGACACUUUGAGAAGAUAUCGAAAUUUAACGUGAAA